AUGAAAGACUCUCCACCUCAUAGAGCAUUAUCAAACUGGUUUAAAAAGAAUUAUUCAAAGCAGGUUGCCAAAUCAGCUCAUUUUAACCCCAUUUCUGGCAGUCUAACCUAUUCUAACAGUGCUAUUAUAUUUCCAUCCCAUUCAAGAUCUCGAGCUCGAUCAUCAAGUCCAAGUUAUCCUUUCUUAAUUCUAUACCCCCAAAAUAUUAAUUUCUGUAUCCCUCAUCCUAAGCCAAACUAAAAAAUCUCCAAUAAAUAUUUAAUUUAUUUUAAUAGUAACCCAAUACGUUUUUCCUACAAAAGCUGACUCAUCUAUGCUUAACGAUGAAUUUGUAGUUGGCUGCAGUGUAUGUGGGACUCAAGCUGUAGAAGAAGCUUACUAUACUUAUAAUAACUCACCUCCACCAGUGCGUCCUUCUCAUUAUUCAUAUUGUCCUGACUUAAAUGACCCUAAUUCAGGAGCGUAUACCAGAAUAAUAGAAAUCGUCGAAAAAGAGUCUGAGUGUGUGCCAAAAAACGAAAUUUCGUCUAUAAAAAGAAUAGAAACUGGAGAAAGCCCUGAGAAAUUUGAUAGAAAUUAUUCAAGCCCUUUUAGGUAUAGAAAAGAAGGCAGCUCUAUAAGUCCACAUGAAAGGAAAAUUGUAUAUAAAGAAAUCUCCCCACCGCCUAGAGUAGGUUUGACGCCUCUAAAUUAUGAAGAUAAACAAAUAGUAAAAGAAUGCGGGUUAACCAAUAACGCUGCUAAAUAUUAUGUACAAGAAGAAGAAAGGACAAGGGUCGUCACACGACGAGCAGAAUAUGCAAGCAGACCUGUAGGGAUAAGCAGGACAAUUAUAAGGACUGAAAAAGAUGGGCAAGGGAUCAAUGAAAAUUUAGAAGAAAACAAAGAACUCCUGACAACUGAAAAAACCAAAUUUUCAUCAAAGCAGCUCCUGCUUAGCAAGCUACAAAGAAGAAGCGAUUUGUCACCUAGUAAAACUAAUGAAAUAGAAAGAGGCCGACAAAGACUGAAAAGACAUGAAGAAAUGGAAGAAGAGCCAAGAGACCCUCGGGUUAUUCCCCAAAGAUAUGAAACAAAGCCUACUAGAAUUCAUCUUGAUGUAAAUGAAAUUGAAAACUCAAGCAAUUAUGUGCAAAAUUAUGACUGUGGAAAUUCUCCAGAUACUGUUUAUCAAUCCCCCUACAGAAGAAUUGUGAUGACUGAGACUGUCUAUCAUUUCCAGAUUGACCCUAUAAAUUAUAGAUAUAAAGAAAAACCAAGGCAUUCCUUUGGGAAUUUAUCAAGCGAAAUGUCAGACAUCUCAGAGACUGGGUCAUAUAAAGAGGCCAAUACUCAUUUUAAAGACCCAGCAGGCGGACUUAAUAGCAUUUCUGAUAUUGACAAUUUAAUAGCAAAAGCAUUAGAAGACCUCCCAGGGUAUAAUGAAAAAAAUAUCCCUAAAAAAAUAAUUGAAAUGGACGAAUACCCGUCCCAGCACCGACAAAUCAGUAUGGAGUCAUAUAUAAGUGAAGAUAGUAAAGAAAUCGAAAAAAAUAAAAAAAAUAAUGAGAAUUCGCCUUAUAAAAAAAAUAAGUCAGAAACUAACAUAAGUGAAGGGAAAAGACCUGAAACAUUUUUAAGUGGGGAUUUUACGUAUAGUAACAGUUUAUUGUCAAAAUCGCAGCAAUUUAGCAGUGAUUUAGAUAAAAGUUUGCCUAUAAAAGAUAGCUUAAGAUCAUUCUAUGAAAAUGAAGAAAUGUGUCGAGAAGGUUUUAGUGAAGAAAUGGGCAGAGGAGCACUAAAUGAAGAAAUCAGCAAUAAAGAAGAUUUUAAUAGAGAGUUGUUAAACGAAGACUCUGAGGGAUCAUUGAGCCAGCCAAAAACCGCUUACUUUUAUUUUCAUCAAGAUAGAUGGCCUAUAUAUCAAGCUGAAAAGAGUAGUCUUACAAGUGCAGAGGUUAGGUUAGGCUAUUAAAGUCAGGCGUUAGCCAUAUUGAUAAUAUAGUCACCAAAGAUCUCCCGUACUGGAGGUUCAAAACCGCUUUUCGACUCCAGCCUAGAGAUCUUUCCCUUGAAGGCGGGUGCCACUUCCGGUGCCUUUUGUCUCCUCCUUGCCUUGCGGCUUCAGUCUUGAGCGGGCGGCUUACUUAUAAGUGCAGAGAGAACAAAACUAAUUGAGAAGGAAUGAAAUGAAUUAUCUGAAGCUGAAAAGGAUCAUUAUAUUGAAAAAGCUGUACUUGAGAGAGAUCUACUUUUAAACCAAGAAGAAGCAAGAAGUGAUUCUUCUAAUAAAUUGCCCUCUAGUCAGUUAUUAAAUAAAGAAGAUGAACAAAGCGACAUGGAUUCUCCAUCAUUUGGCCCAAAAACUCCUGAGACAGAUUUUAUGUAUUUUUCUCAGAAUAAAGAAGCUGAAAAUGAAAAUCUUAAAAGCAAUGAGGAAUUUUCAGCUAGCAAGAAAUGGGAUUCAUCUGAAGCUGAAAAAGCUGUAGAAAUGGCUGAAGAAAAUCAAUUUAAGGAUGAAAAAGAAUUAGAAGUUCCUGAAGAAAAUAGUUCAUAUAGAUCUCAGCAGCUAUAUAACUCUGACGCAAUAACAAAAGCUGAAGGAGAAAGCUUUUCAGCAUUUUUACCUUCAAAACCAAAAACAGCUUGCUUUUAUUAUUAUCAAGAUCGUAAGUUAUCACUAGAAGCUGAAAGACCUGAUCUCAAUAAUGCAGAACACAUAAAAAUUGCAGAAAAGGAAUGACUUGGACUGUCUGGAGAAGAAAAAGCUCCAUAUAUUGAAAAAGCUAUAAAGGAUAAUGAAAAAUACGAAAAAGACAAAAAUUUAUAUUUUAGCUCAGGAGAGCCUGAAAAUUUGUCAGACCUAAAAUUGUUUAAAUAUUCAUCAUUGGGCAUAAAAGAAGAAAACAAAGAAGAUCUCAGCGAAGAAGCCAAAAUUGUGACUGGAUCUUCAGGGAAAGGAAGUAUUUUUACUUUCAGAGAAGAAAAUGAAGCCCAAGUUCCUGAAAUUAUAGGGAAUUCUGAAGAAGACGCAGAAAUAGUUUAUGAAGAAAUUGUCGAGAGUAUGCCGGAGCCUAUACAAGAUAUGAAACCGAUAAAGAAAGGCAAAAAAGCUAAGGUAAGAAGUGGCAAAAAAAGCAGCCAACUAAAAGAAGUUAAUCAAGAUGAGCCAAAGGAAAGUGACGAGAUCAAAGUCAUUGAAAAAUUCGAAGAUAUUGAGUAUGAGAUUCCUGAAGAAAAAGAUGCAGGGUAUCAGAGAGAAGAAAAUAGUCCAAAUAAAUCAAAUCCUAUAGAUCUGGGGCUUAUAAAUUUAGAAGAAAAUACUAUUUUAGAAGAAAAUGAAGAGGGAAAGCAAAUAUUGAGAACAGAUCAAGAAGAAAAAAUAAGCAAAAAUGGAGAAACUUAUCCAGAAAAAGUCCCAGCUAGUAAUUUAUCCCAAAAAACCAGCUAUAAAACUGACAAAAGUGACAAUCUAGCUGACAAUUUAAUCCACAUAAAAUCAUCAGAAAUUGCCCUUAUUUCAGAUUCUGACAUAUUUCUAUCAGAAGCUGACAAACUAAGUGAAGAAAACCAAGAGCUUUCUCCACGAUUUAAUACUUUGCCUUCUACACAAAAAGUAUUUCUAAUAGAGCCUCAAUCUAAAAGUUUUUCUGCUGAAAAUACAAGCCAAGAAAAAGUUUUUGAUUUGCCUAAACAAAUAUCCUCUAUCAAAAUAUAUAUGGUAAUAAAUUAUAGGAUUUGCCCUAGGAUGGCGCUAUAUGGCGCCAUCCUAGGGCAAGCGAAAAUUGGCUCCACACGGGAACCGUAUUCCACGUGUGGAGCCAUUUUUCCACGUGUGGAAUCCACAUUUUCCCACGUGGAAAAAUGGCUCCACACGUGGAACACAAUUCCCGUGUGGGAGCCGUGUCUCCAAUUGCCCGAGGAUGGCGCAAUAUAGCGCCAUCCUCGGGCAAUUUCUAUAUUAGCAUUAAUUAGGCUUUAAAAUUAAUAAGAAAAGAAUAAAAAAUGAAAAUAAAACCUCAAGAUCUUCAGUUGGAGAAGCCAGCGAAAAAGACUCGCAAUAUUCAGAGUCCCGUGCUGAGUCUUCAAGAGAUUCUAUUAAAAGAGCUUUAGGUGGGGACAUAAAGCAAGGAAAAAAUAAAUUAGAAGAAAAUAAGUCAGGUGUAAAAAAGAGAGUUGUUUCGAGGACAAGACCUAUAAAUUCCCCACAAGAAAAGAUAGAGCCUAUGAGCAAUUUUUCAAGCAUUUCUAAAAAUUUGACUACAAAUAAAGCUGCUUCGUAUUCUGCAUCUUUAGGGGAUGAAGAAAGUGACAGAGGAAGCAUUGAAUAUGCAAAAACAGAAGGCAAAGGAAAUGAAGAAAAUUAUGAAGGAUAUCUGCAUGGAGAAAUUACUAAAAAUGAUGAAGAAACAUCUGAGAAAAUGUGGAGCAAAGAAAAUGAAUAUAUAUAUGGAAGUAAUUUAUAUUAGCCAUUUUUACUAUUAGUAAUAUUUAUAAUUGAUUUUUAAGUAUUUUACAUCAAAACUACUACAAUUUUAAAAAUGCCAGUUAGGGAUAGAUCCUAACUCCUGCCACAAACAAGAUGGACCUAUAAGCCGAGCUUAGUGAGAGAAGUCAAGCUUCUUGAGAGUCUCGGCUUGAAGAGAAGGGUCAGUGCUGAGGCUGGCACUGACUAGAGAAGUCUUAACGGGCUUAUUAAACUUUAACGGUUCGACGGUUAGGCUAGUUCACCUACCGUUGUUCAGAGCUGCUAAUUUAGUUAAACCUCAAGUGAAGGGGACUUUCAGACACAAAGGUGCUAGAGUAAUUCUACUAAACUUAAACUUAAACAUCAAAACUAAUCUGCUUAUCUAUAGAUUUGCAUUCAUAUGAGCCAUCCCAUGAAAGUGAAGAAGAGAGAUCAUUAAAUGGAAGCGGCAACAUAUUUAUGAAGUCACAAGAAGAAAUCUAUACAAAUCAAGAAGAAAAAUCAUUAAAUGAAAGUGGGAAAUUAUUUAUUAAAAAUUCUGAAGAAAUGCAUACAAGUGAUGAAGAAGAAAUGCUGCAAAAAGAAAACAAAAUAAUAAAUAUGAAAAUUAAUGAAGAAAAACUGCAAAAAGGAAGCCAAAAGUUAUAUGAAGAAGAGAAAAAAAUUCAGGAAAUUUCGAAAAAAUCUAUUGAAGAAGAAAAGUUGCAAAUAGAGAAUAAAGUUAUGAAGCCAAAUGAAGAAGAAACGCAUAAAGGAAGACAAAAACCAUAUGAAGAAGAGAAAAAAAGCAGAGAAAUAAGUAAAAAAACUGGUGAAGAAAGAUAUAGCAGAGAUGAAGAAGAAAAAUUGCAAACAGAAAAAAAAGUUAUCAAGCCAAAUGAAGAAGAAAUAUCAAAAGAAAGGCAAGAAAUAAUUAUGAAAAAAACUGUUGAAGAAAGAUAUAAAAGAAGUGAAGAAGAAAAAUUGCAAACAGAAAAAAGAGUUAUCAAGCCAAAUGAAGAAGAAAUACAAAAAGAAAGCCAAAAAUUAUAUGAAGAAGAGAAAAAAAGUAUAGAAAUAAUUAAGAAAAAAAGUGAUGAAGAAAGAUAUAGCAGAGAUGAAGAAAAGCCUAAAAGAGAUGAAGAAAAUAUAAAUAAAAAGAGCGAAAAAAUCGAAAAAGAAAUACAGAGAAGUAAUGAACAGACUCAAGGUAGUAAAAGCCCAUUUAUAAAAUCAUCUCAAGAAGACAUUAAGAAAAAAGAUGAUGAAAAGCUUCAGAAAGGAAGUAAAAACACAAUAAAGCCAGUUCAAGAGGAAUCUACCAGAAAAGAUGUAGAAAAAUCUCAAAAAGACAGCAAAAGUAUAUAUAUAAAGCCUCAUAACGAAGAAAUCUAUAUAAGUGAUGAAGAAAAUCAGUCUGAUCCAGAGGUCCCAAAAUAUGAAAAUAAAUCCGUUAAAAAUUAUGAAGAAAAAUUAAGGGAAAGAAUGGAGCCUAGUGAUGAAGAAAUCGAUAGUAGGGAUCUUGAAGGAUCCCAAAAUGAAGCUCAUUUAAAUAUAGAGCCAGAAAUCUACGAAGAAAGUUACAGCCAAAAACCACAGAAAAGAGAAAUCUUGCUUGAAGAUCAAGACAGUGACCUAAAAGCACUAUUUGCAGGAAAAAAAGAAAGAGACUUAAUAUAUCAGCAAAAAGUGUUUAAUGAUAAGCCAAAAGAAUUAAUAGAAAAUAGGCCACAAAAGCAGCUGAGCUCACUUCAAAACCAGCCAAAAGGGACAUCUCAAAAAAGAAUUGAGAGCUCUAAUAGCUCAACCCAGUCAUUUAAAAUUGAUGACAGCGAAAAUCCUUCAAAGCCUCUAAAAACACAAUCAGUUAUAAAGCUGCAAAAAGACCCAAGUAAUGUAUCAGGACCACAAAAACUCAGUGAAUGCCUGCUGCAGAAAGAAGAAAAAAAUAUUAAAAAACAGCAAAAGCCAUCUUCAAAUUUAUCCAUAAAAUUAGCUCAGCAAGAACAAAUGUCUAGACAUAGAGCAAAUACAGAAGAAGCUGCAAGAUCUCAAGGGUCUAAUAGUCCAAUGCUGUAUCCUCAAUAUCCAUAUCCUUAUCAGCAGGCAUAUUUACCUCCACCUCCUAAUGUCUAUAAUAGCCAAUAUCAGCCUUAUGGAAUUCCUAGCCCAUACCCAUACCCUCCUUCUUAUUCUCCAGGCCUAUAUCCUCCUUCACCUCCUAACCCUUCUCCUGCUUCUUAUGAUCCUUCUUAUAUAAACUACCUUAAAUCCAUUAUAGCUCAAUCAGAACAAUAUCAAAUUUCUAAUUCAGGAAACACCCCAAAAUCAAAUAAUUCGUAUUCUUAUAGGAUAAAUAAAAGAACUUCUUAUGAAGAAAUCAGGCUUUUCCAUCAGCUUCAAGAAGAGUCUGCAAUAAAAAUCCAAAGAGCAUUUAGAAAAGUAAGAAAAUCAAAAUAUUCUUAUCAAAAAAGCUCAGUUCAUGAGGUACAAACUGAUGAAAUACCAUUUUUAAGAUUAAUUGUAAAUUCUAUAUAGACAAGUGAAGAGGAGUCAAGAAGACUCUACAAAGCAUUAUUGCUUAUUGGGACUUAUGGAGAAUUUCUGGAAGGAAGAGGUUUAAAUCUGCUGCCAUAA